CGCGCUCAUGGCGGAUUCUCAGCGGGCGAUGCACACAGUGCGGUCAAAGUCAACCACUAUACUAAUGGACAACUCGAGCCCUUCUCCGCCGCUUCUCUCUCUAAUCUUUCUCUUCCUUGUCUCUAUGUUCCGUGGGGCCUGAGAUUUCGUCUUCAAGUUGGUUUCUAUCUCUUUUGAACUUGUUUAGUCUUCCUGUAAUCUUAGUUCCUCGAUUUUUUAUAGCUUAAGUUCAGAUCCUUGGAAAUCAUUUUCCUUUCACCGAUUCCUGUCUCUUUUUCUGUCUGAAUCUUCUGUUUUUUCAUCGGACCUGUGAGUUCCGGGCAUUCUGGACAUGAGGAAGUGGGAGGAUGCGAUGUUUUACUUCUUGCUGUUUGCGAACCUAUUUCUGAAUCCGGUCGUUCUAGGGCAAAAACCAGGAUUCAUAAGCAUAGAUUGUGGGGGUCUUGAAGCCAGUCAUGUGGAUGCAGUCACUGGAAUUGAAUAUGUGUGGGAUUCUGAUAUUAUGAAGCUUGGGGUAAAUCAAACAGUUGCGACUCAGUAUAUGUCUUCUCUGUCAAAAUACCUUUGGUAUCUGCGAAGUUUCCCUUAUGGAAAAAGGAACUGUUACACCGUGGGACCUGUAACACCUGGGACCAAGUAUCUGCUUAGGGCUUCUUUCAUGUAUGGGAACUACGACGGGCUCAAUUCUUUUCCUCAAUUUGACUUGUAUCUGGGCGUCAACUUUGUAAGGACAGUAAGUGGCUCAAAUUCAAAAUGGUCAUGGGUCGAAGUGAUGUUUGUGUCGACAAAUGAAAGUGUAUCAGUUUGCCUCUUGAAGACAACAUCUGAUAUACCCUUCAUAUCUUCCAUAGAACUCCGGCCAAUGAAUGUGAAUGGUUAUGCAAUUUUGAACAGCACAAACGCGAUGGUUACGCAACAACGUGACAAUUUUGGGUCUUUAAAUGGAGAGGAGUUCAGGUACCCAGAUGAUAGUUUUGAUCGCUUGUGGUUGUCACCUAGCAGCACGAACUUGGUCUCCAUUAACACUACACUUCAAGUUAAUUCAGUGAAUAAUGAUUUUAGCCCACCAUCGGCUGUAAUGCAAACUGCGGUUAUCAAUUCAAACUCGAGCGGCUCAAUUGUGUGGGAUCCCUCAAAUAUUCCAAGUAACACAUAUUUCUAUAUGUGCCUGCAUAUAGCUGAACUGCAGAAGCUCAAGGCAAAUCAGACCAGGGAGUUCAAAAUCACGUUGAACUACGUGGACUGGUACCAAGCCCAACAGCCUGAAUACCUAACUGCUGUUACCACGUUUUCCAAAUCAAGCUACCUACCGCUGUUUGGGCUGGGAGCAAACCGAGUUGAGCUCAAGCCAACUGCUAGAUCUACGUUAUCUCCCAUUUUUAACGCACUUGAAUUCUACAUUGUCAGGUCAAUGUCAAGUUCUCUAACCGAUGGCCAAGAUGUUGAUGCCCUUACAAGCAUAAAAAAUGUCCUUUCUCUCAAGAACAAUUGGACAGGAGAUCCUUGUCUGCCACAGGGUUAUGCUUGGGAUAAUUUGGUUUGCAGCAAUGACUCUUCACCCAGGAUUACUUCCCUGGACUUAUCGAACAGCGGACUAAGUGGUGAGAUUCCUCCAGGCCUUUCCCAAUUGACCGCCUUAGUGAGCUUAAACUUAGCCGGCAACAAUUUGACGGGCUCAAUCCCUUCUUCUCUUGCUAGUCUCACAAAAUUGAGUUAUUUAAAUUUAUCAGAUAAUAAUUUGGGUGGCUUAGUCCCGGAUGCUCUUCUACGUAAGAAUGAAAGUGGCAGCCUUUUAUUGAGCAUCUCCGGUAAUCAAAAUCUUUGCUCAUCAAGCACUUGCAACGUGUCUACUGGAAGGAAGGUCAACAAGACUGCAGUUAUUGGGAUAGUGGUUGCUGUUAUUAUUUUAUUAGCUUUUGCAGUUUGUUUUGCUAGUUUCAUAAUUAUCAAGCGAAGACAUCCAAAACAACCUUUGGCCGGUGAAGCUAAAUUUCUGGGGAAGUCAAGUGGUUGCCAAACAUUCUCUUAUGCAGAAAUUAUGAGUAUCACGGACAAUUUCAGAACAAAGAUUGGUGAAGGAGGAUAUGGACCUGUAUUUCAUGGAUGUUUACAGGAUGGUCAAAACGUCGCUGUGAAGAUUCUUUCUGAUAAGUCCAAACAAGGAUCGAAGGAAUUUUAUACUGAGGUUACUCUUUUGUCAAGGAUUCACCAUAAAAAUCUUGUGUCCUUUUUUGGGUACUGUGAUGAGGCAGAAAACAUGAUAUUGGUUUAUGAGUACAUCCCUAUGGGAAAUCUCCAAAAUGUUUUAUCAGGUCGAACAGACAUUAUAUUAAGUUGGAAUCAGAGACUUCAAAUUGCUUUCAAUGCUGCUCAAGGACUGGAUUACCUACACUCUGGGUGCAAGCCUGGUAUUAUUCACAGAGAUAUCAAGAGUGCAAACAUUCUUUUGGACGACAGACUUGAGGCUAAGAUAGCAGACUUUGGUAUGUCGAAGUCUGGCAUUCCUGAUGGCGCUACUCAUAUAUCUACUGUUGUUGUUGGUACUCAUGGAUAUUUGGACCCAGAGUAUUACCUGACAAAUCGACUCAAUGAAAAGAGUGAUGUAUACAGCUUCGGAGUUGUCCUUCUGGAACUCAUCACCGGAAUGCAACCAAUAAUGGUGGAGCCUUCAGGAGAAAGGACUCAUCUUGUCAACUGGGUACGACCAAGAGUAAUGAAAGGUGAUAUUGCAAGCAUCGCAGAUCCUAAAUUGCUGGGUAGGUAUGAAGUAGGGCCGAUGUGGAAGGUAGCAGAGACAGCAUUGGAAUGCACAGCAGCACAGGCUGCUAACCGGCCAUCAAUGAGCCAAGUGGUAAGCGAUCUCAAGGAAGCCAUUGAAUCAUACAAGUCAAAUUAUGCAUCAGGUGUUGUUUCAAGCUCUAAUUUCAGGCCACAAUCAGUUGCAUCAACUAGCAUUUACACUACAGGCUCUACGGUCGAUGAGGAUAUUCAUCAGGUUACUGUUAUUUACGAGUCUCCGGCAGCCAGAUAGUCCUUCCUUGUGCUUGGGUGGGAUGCAAGCAUAUGAAUGUUUCAGCGUUUACUUCUUUAAUUGGAUGUAUAGAAUUUGUUGUGGCAUUUGUAUUACUUGGAUUAUGUGCCUGCCGAGGUCUGGGAUUGAAGCCUUGGUCUGCACGGAAUCAAUUUCUUGUGUAUUGCUCAUAAAUGCGGACCACGACAUUUUGAUCAAAGCAGUCGACAAUUUGUCAUAAAGCUGCUCAAAAUGUCGUUUUAAUAAAUUAAAAACUAUAAGGUGUUUGUAUGUUAAAA